UUGUUCAUCAGUUCAUGUGUGCUGUUCGUUUUGGAAUGACGUGUAUUGUUUGUUAGUGUAGUUUAGUUCAAAUUUUAUUUCAACCUGGUAACAUCCAACUGGUGCAUAAAUUGCUGUCAAACACAAAAUAGACCGAUAUUAGAACGUCUCAAGCGGCGGAAAGUUGUGAUAUUAAAUUUGGAAGCAAAUGCAAUAAAGGUGUGACCUUAAACAGUGUGCGUUGGAAGCCUUGUGGAAAUUGGAAAAAGAAAAAUAAAUGAAAUAACGGAGCAUACUUAGAGUGAAUCAUUGUACAACGAGAGUGGAAGUGAACCCUCAUUACAUUCAUCUAAAAAUAUACUACUUUGUUCCGGAAGUAAUGAUACACGUAGGGGAUAGUACAUGGAACCUGCGGGUCUACAUAACCGACCUUCAGGUUGAAAAAACUCUUCGCGUUAGAGGUGAUUUGCACAUUGGAGGUGUUAUGCUAAAACUGGUAGAUCCAGAAAAUCCAAAAGAUUGGUCAGACCAUGCAUUAUGGUGGCCAACGCGAAAUAUGUGGCUUACUAGAACCAAAUCUACACUGGACCAAGUCGGACUACAUGCGGAUGCUCUUUUAUAUUUUACACCCAUGCAUAAAACGCUAAGAGUACAGAUGCCGGAUCUACGAUAUCUAGACUGUCGGGUGGAUUUUUCAAUCAAGACUUUUGGUGCAGUAGUAGCACUAUGCAAAGAUUUAGGUAUCCGACAUCCCGAGGAACUAUCUUUGUGCAAUCCUUUAGAGCCAGUACAUUUAAAAAAGAAUUAUGCAGAUUUGCCAAAAAAGAAAAUUCCGAUCGAGCAAAAUGGCAAUGGCCGUGAAUUUAUACAACCGGCAGCUGACACCAAUACAUUUAUUCCGGCUUCUGCAGGUUACUUUCAUGGCAGUAACGGAAGUCUUGAUGGUACAACCAAUGUAGGACCCUUUUCUUGUGCACCAGUACAACAUGCAAACUAUAAUACAAAUAAACCUACUUUACCCGUAACUCCAAUCGGAUCACCUACAGGAGUAUGUUUUUCACGAAAUCAAUGUCUACAUGUUCUAAAAUAUUCUCUCUUUCCACAGACGCUAAGGCACAACAACAGCAAUGGCUACACUAUGUUCAACGAAUCGUCAUCAAGUUUGGGCGAGGCAAUUGAUAAUUUGGCAUAUAGCCCUUGUGUUCUCAGUCCUGAAGCACGAUCUAGAUUGGUUAAACCGAAAACAUUAGUCGAGCGAGCACGGAUGAAUGUUGGUUGGUUAGAUUCUUCACUUUCAAUUAUGGAACAGGGUAUCCGGGAAUUUGAUACACUAUGUCUACGCUUCAAAUAUUAUACAUUUUUUGAUUUGAAUCCUAAAUAUGAUCAAGUUCGCAUAAAUCAGCUAUAUGAACAAGCGAAAUGGCAGCUACUGAACGAAGAAAUCGAAUGUACUGAGGAGGAAAUGCUCAUGUUUGGCGCGUUGCAGUUCCAAGUUAACUUGCAAAAUGAAGUACCACAACCGGACUCUGGAAUUGACACAUCGAGCUUGGAUAACGGAGCAGAUGAUGAUGUCGAUGCAGCUUUACGCGAGCUUCAAAUAACACUGGAAGGGCCAAAUAAUAGUCAUAAUGCAGGGGACAUCACGCAUAUACCGGAGCUAACGGAUUAUCUGCGUUUCUUGAAGCCAAAAAAAUUUACUCUCAAGGGAUACAAACGAUAUUGGUUUACCUAUAAGGACCUGCACUUACACCUAUAUAAGAGCCGAGAUGAUGUAAGAUCAAACAAUGUACCCCAAAUCACAAUCAAUCUUCGUGGUUGCGAAGUCACACCAGAAGUAAAUCUUGCACAUAGCAAAUUUAACAUAAAACUGGAGGUUCCACUAGAACAGAACACCAACAGUGAAAUGUGGAUUCGAUGUGACAGUGAAGAUCAGUACGCUAAAUGGAUGGCAGCUUGUCGAUUGGCGUCAAAAGGUCGAUCUUUAGCUGACAGUUCAUAUGACAGUGAAGUGUCUAGUAUUAAAUCGUUCCUGAGUAUGCAGAAACCAGCACAAGUUGCGGCAGUCACAAUCAAUCCAAAUAAUAUCGAUCCAAACGAGUAUAUUUCUCCUAGAUAUUCCAAAAAAUUGAAAAAUAAAGCGGUUACGAGAAUGUUGGAAGCACAUGCUAAUGUGAAGGAUCUUUCCUUGAUCGACGCAAAAUUGAACUUCAUUCGGGCUUGGCAAAGUUUACCAGAGUUUGGAGUUACUCUGUUUGUGAUUAAGUUUGACGGACAUAAGAAAGAAGAAUUACUAGGUGUUGCCAGCAAUCGCAUUAUGAAGAUGGACAUCAAUACGGGAGACCACUUGAAGACGUGGCGUUACAACACGAUGAAGGCUUGGAAUGUUAACUGGGAAAUUAAAUGUAUGAUGAUUCAGCUUCAAGGAGAAAGUGUUAUUUUCUCAUCACUAUCCGCCGAUUGCAAAGUGAUACACGAAUUCAUUGGUGGCUACAUCUUUAUGUCGAUGAGAUCUAAAGAAACGAAUCAAACACUGAACGAAGAAUUAUUCCACAAGCUAACGGGCGGCUGGAACUGAAUAACUGACGACAGCAUAAUUGUUAUCUAAUCAUGGAAGUAUUAGUCAUUUGAUUGAAAAUGUAAAUAGGAUAUUUUCAAAAGUCUUAACGUGCUUGGAUCCGAUAAGCUAACAAAGUAGCAUGUAGCAAUAAUUAUCAAAUUAAAAUUUAUAUUCUAUCCAGAGCACGUACACACACGCGCGCACACAUACACACACACACACACACACACACACACACAUAUAUA